AUCCGGCUGGGUCAUCCCAUAGGUAGGCCGAACAUGCACCAACAAAUGAAGAAUUUAGAAGCCGUGUUAAUUUUGACACACGUGGAAGUGUCGUGUGGAGUUGAAAAAGAUGUUAUGAUACAGUGUCUCUUUUGUUGACGGUUCCAUGGGAGGAGGGGGCACUGUAAUUUUUUCACAGUUGAGAGUGAGAUUGGAAAGGCCUUGAGCUGGCCCUGGACGGGAUAUACCGCCACGAUUGUGGGGAAUCCGGCCGGGAGGUGUCCUAGCUCUCCGAGCAGUUCCGUGCUGUUCCACGGCUUGGUUGGCCUUUUGUCGGAGAAGCGGCGACAUUUUGAAAAGCUCGUAUUUGCUGUAUCCCAGUUCUUGUGACUUCUCACCAGGUGAUUUGGUUUGGGCCAAGAUGGAGGGUUACCCCUGGUGGCCUUGCCUGGUUUAUAACCACCCUUUUGAUGGAACAUUCAUCCGCGAGAAAGGGAAGUCUGUCCGAGUUCAUGUACAGUUUUUUGAUGACAGCCCAACAAGGGGCUGGGUUAGCAGAAGGCUAUUAAAGCCAUAUACAGGUUCAAAAUCAAAAGAAGCACAAAAAGGAGGUCAUUUUUAUAGUUCAAAGCCUGAAAUACUCAGAGCAAUGCAACGUGCAGAUGAAGCCUUGAAUAAAGACAAGAUCGAGAGGCUUGAAUUGGCAGUGUGUGAUGAGCCCUCAGAACCAGAGGAAGAAGAAGAGAUGGAGGUAGGUGCAACUUACUCAUCAGAUAAGAGUGAAGAAGAUAAGGAAAUUGAAAGUGAAGAAGAAGUGCCACCUAAGGUGCAAGGAUCUAGGCGAAGUAGCCGCCAGAUAAAAAAACGAAGGGUCAUAUCAGACUCUGAGAGUGAUGUUGGUGGCUCUGAUGUGGAAUUCAAGCCAGAUGCUAAGGAGGAAGGAAGCAGUGAUGAAAUAAGCAGUGGAGUGGGGGACAGUGACAGUGAAGGCUUGGACAGCCCUGUCAAAGUUGCUUCAAAACGGAAGAAAAUGGUGUCUGGAAAUGGCGCUCUCAAAAGGAAAAGUUCAAGGAAGGAAAUGCCCUUGGCCACCAAACGAUCAACUGGCAUUUCAUCAGAAACCAAGAGCACUCUGAGUGCUUUCUCUGCCCCUCAGAAUUCUGAAUCUCAAGCCCACACUGGUGGAGGAUGUGAGGAUAGUAGUCGCCCCACUUUCUGGUAUCAUGAAACUUUAGAGUGGCUUAAGGAGGAAAAGAGACGAGAUCUCCACAGGAGGCGACCUGAUCACCCCGAUUUUGAUGCAUCCACACUCUAUGUGCCUGAGGAUUUCCUUAAUUCCUGUACUCCUGGGAUGAGGAAGUGGUGGCAGAUUAAGUCUCAGAACUUUGAUCUUGUUAUUUUUUAUAAGGUGGGGAAGUUUUAUGAGUUGUACCACAUGGAUGCUCUUGUUGGAGUCAAUGAACUCGGGCUGGUAUUCAUGAAAGGCAACUGGGCUCAUUCUGGUUUCCCUGAAAUUGCAUUUGGCCGAUACUCUGAUUCUCUGGUUCAGAAGGGCUAUAAAGUAGCACGAGUGGAACAGACUGAGACCCCGGAAAUGAUGGAGGCACGAUGCCGGAAGAUGGCACAUAUAUCUAAGUAUGACAGAGUGGUGAGGAGGGAGAUCUGUAGAGUCAUUACCAAGGGUACACAGACCUACAGUGUACUGGAAGGUGACCCCUCUGAGAACUACAGUAAGUAUCUUCUUAGCCUCAAAGAAAAAGAGGAGGAUUCCUCUGGCCACACUCGAGUGUAUGGAGUAUGCUUUGUUGAUACCUCACUGGGAAAGUUUUUCAUAGGUCAGUUUCCAGAUGAUCGCCACUGUUCUAGAUUUAGGACUCUAGUGGCACACUACCCUCCAGUACAAGUCUUGUUUGAGAAAGGAAAUCUCUCAACAGAAACUAAGAUGAUUCUGAAGGGUUCAUUAUCCUCCUCUCUUCAGGAAGGUCUGAUACCAGGCUCCCAGUUUUGGGAUGCAGCCAAAACUUUGAGAACUCUCCUUGAAGAAGCAUAUUUUAAGGAAAAGUUAAAUGACAGUGGGGUGAUGUUACCCCAGGUGCUUAAAGGUAUGACCUCAGAGUCUGAUUCUCUUGGGUUAACACCAGGAGAGAAGAGUGAAUUGGCCCUCUCUGCUCUAGGUGGUUGUGUCUUCUACCUCAAAAAAUGCCUUAUUGAUCAAGAGCUUUUAUCAAUGGCUAAUUUUGAAGAAUACAUUCCCUUGGAUUCUGACAGGGUUAGUGCUACAAGACCUGGUGCUGUUUUUGCAAAAGCCAAUCAACGGAUGGUGCUAGAUGCUGUGACAUUAAGCAACUUGGAGAUUUUCCUGAAUGGAACAAAUGGUUCUACUGAAGGGACCCUGCUAGAAAAGAUUGAUACUUGCCAUACUCCCUUUGGUAAGCGGCUCCUAAAGCAGUGGCUUUGUGCCCCACUCUGUAGCCCUUAUGCUAUCAAUGAUCGUUUAGAUGCUAUAGAAGACCUCAUGGCUGUGCCUGACAAAAUCUCUGAUGUUGCAGACCUUCUAAAGAAGAUUCCAGACCUUGAGAGGCUGCUGAGUAAAAUUCAUAAUGUUGGGUCUCCCCUGAAGAGCCAGAACCACCCAGAUAGCAGGGCUAUAAUGUAUGAAGAAACUACAUACAGCAAAAAAAAGAUUAUUGAUUUUCUUUCUGCUCUAGAAGGAUUCAAAGUAAUAUGUAAAAUUAUAGAGACUAUGGAAGAAGUUGCUGACAACUUUAAGUCUAAAAUCCUUAAGCAAGUCAUUACUUUGCAGACAAAAAAUCCUGAGGGCCGUUUUCCUGAUUUGACUAUAGAACUGAACCGAUGGGAUACAGCCUUUGACCAUGAAAAGGCUCGAAGGACUGGACUAAUUACUCCCAAAGCAGGAUUUGACCCUGAUUAUGACCAAGCUCUUGCUGACAUAAGAGAAAAUGAACAGAGCCUCCUGGAAUACUUGGAGAAACAGCGCAGUCGAAUUGGCUGUAGGACCAUUGUCUACUGGGGGAUUGGCAGGAACCGUUACCAGUUGGAAAUUCCAGAGAAUUUCAUCACUCGUAAUUUGCCAGAAGAAUAUGAGUUGAAAUCCACCAAGAAGGGCUGUAAACGAUACUGGACCAAAACUAUUGAGAAGAAGUUGGCUAAUCUGAUAAACGCUGAAGAGCGGAGAGACGUAUCGUUGAAAGACUGCAUGCGGCGACUCUUCUAUAACUUUGAUAAAAAUUACAAGGACUGGCAGUCUGCUGUUGAGUGCAUCGCAGUAUUGGAUGUCUUACUGUGCCUGGCUAACUACAGUCGAGGGGGUGAUGGCCCUAUGUGUCGUCCAGUAAUUCUGUUUCCAGAAGAAGACACACCCCCCUUCUUGGACCUUAGAGGAUCACGUCAUCCCUGCAUUACGAAGACUUUUUUUGGAGAUGACUUUAUUCCUAAUGACAUUCUAAUAGGCUGUGAGGAAGAGGAGGAGGAAAGUGGCAAAGCUUAUUGUGUGCUUGUUACUGGACCUAAUAUGGGGGGCAAGUCGACACUCAUGAGACAGGCUGGCCUGUUAGCUGUAAUGGCCCAGACGGGUUGUUACAUACCUGCUGAAGUAUGCAGGCUCACACCUAUUGAUAGAGUAUUUACUAGACUUGGUGCCUCAGACAGAAUAAUGUCAGGUGAAAGUACAUUUUUUGUUGAACUGAGUGAAACUGCCAGUAUCCUUACACACGCAACAGCACAUUCUCUGGUGCUUGUGGAUGAAUUAGGAAGAGGUACUGCAACAUUUGAUGGAACAGCAAUAGCAAAUGCAGUUGUUAAAGAACUUGCUGAGAACAUAAAGUGUCGUACAUUGUUUUCUACCCAUUACCAUUCAUUAGUGGAAGAUUAUUCUCAAAAUGUUGCAGUGCGCCUGGGACACAUGGCAUGCAUGGUAGAAAAUGAAUGUGAGGAUCCCAGCCAGGAGACUAUUACCUUCCUAUAUAAAUUCAUUAAGGGAGCUUGUCCUAAAAGCUAUGGCUUUAAUGCAGCAAAGCUUGCUAAUCUUCCAGAGGAGAUUAUUCAAAAGGGACAUAGAAAAGCAAGAGAAUUUGAGAAGAUGACCCAAUCACUGCGAUUAUUUCGGGAAGUUUGCCUGGCUAGUGAAAGGUCGACUAUAGAUGCUGAAGCUGUCCCUAAGUUGCUGACUUUGAUUAAGGAAUUAUAGACUACAUUGGAAGCUCUGAGUUGACUUUUUGACAAAGGUGGUAAAUUCAGACAACAUUAUGAUCUAAUAAACUUUAUUUUUUAAAAAUGA